CCCAAGUCUUCCUGUAACCACCGCCCAGCAACUGCCCAUGUCGGCCUUCGCCAACGCCACUGCAGGAGCCUUCUUCUCCAGCCGAGCCUUCUGGGGUCCCGUCACUGCCACCCUUGACUGGUGUGAGGCGAACUACCAGUUCUCGCGUUAUAUCGCCGAAUCUGCAAACACAUUCUCCAACUUGUUCACGAUCGCUCUUGCAGCUUUCGGCGGAUACCAGUCACUGUCGCAGGGUUUGCCAUCACGGUAUCUGGCAGGAUGGACGGGCUUCGCAUUAGUCGGCAUCGGCAGCUUCAUAUUCCAUGCAACGUUGCUCUUUGAAGCACAGCUCAUGGACGAGCUUCCGAUGAUCUACGUUGCAAGUUACUGCUGUUCAAUGCUCUUCGACACUUCUCGGGGGUUCAACUUCAAGGGAUCAAAUGCGCAACAAUUAGUUGUGGGCUCCGUCAUGUUUGACAUCCUGUUCACUUGGUCAUAUUACCUGUCCCGCGACCCCGUCUACCACCAGGCGGUGUUCGCCAGCAUCAUGUUCACCAACAUCUUCCGUACCACAUAUUUGCUGCGGAAUGACGAGAUCGGGAAGAGACUGCCGCCUGGCCCGCGCUCGGCCAUUACCCGUCUUUUCGCCUCGGGCGCUGCGACUUUUGCCCUCGGGUUCUUCGUCUGGAACCUGGACAACAUCUUUUGCUCGACAGUAACCAGGUGGAAGACCUCAGUUGGCUGGCCCGUCGCGUUCAUCCUCGAAGGACACUCAUGGUGGCACGUCCUCACGGCUACCGGAACGUACCUCAUGCUCGUCGGGAACUCAUGUGACACACUAUGCAUCAAGGACGACCACGCCAACUGGACCAUCACCAAGUGCGCAGGGCUCCCCCGCAUCACACGAGUGUCGAAAACGAAGACGCAAUAA